UGCUCUUCGACGUUGACACUCUGCUUCUGAUUAUCCAUGUUGUACAAGUGCAUUUGUUCUAUUGCGUAAUUCCAGCUUUCGCAAGAUCGCACUGAGUGAUUCUAUUUGGUUCCCUAGUUGAGCACCCAGGACGUUGGAUCUGAUACUCCACUGGGGGUAAUUAUCAUCGAACCACACACAGUGCCGGAAUGUUCCAAGUUUGACACCGUCGCAACUCAGGUUUUCGCAGACCCCACAGAUGCUGAGACAAUCAUCACAGACAAUCUUUUAGGAUUCACCUUGUUCAUGGGUUGCAUAUUAUUGGUCAUUGCGAUCGUUGCCAGACCAGAAUGGGGAAAGAUCCUAUGGCCCUGCACUCUAGGGUACUUAAUUAAAAGCAUUCAAGUUGCGAAUCCUACGAUCUCCACGUCUCACCCACUUCAGGCCUCAACGGGGAAUGUACAUCUUUGGACCUCUGCGAAUGCCCGAUGUGGAGAGGCAGACCUCAAGUCGGAUAUCUUGGAUUUCGACCUCAUCGACAACUUUGGGGACAUUGAGUGAUGGAGCAACUGAGCGCUACAACUAAUUUCACGGCGGGUGUUGGCCCAGUGUAUGCCCCGAUGAUUUCCAUACUGCCC